GCAAAGGUGCUCUACAAAAGAAAUGGAUUUAGAUCAUGGUGUUGUGGAGCCACUGUCGUAUGCUAAACCUUUGGUUUUUGGCUUGUCUUUGGACCACCAGUAUUCCCCAUUUAGAGAUGCACUGCAAAAUCCACAGAAUUACCAGGAGCCAGUCUGCAGUCAACCGUACAUUGGAUGCUUUUCAUACCUGGGUUAUCACAGGCACUUCAGUGUGCACGAGAAUUCCUUUGAACCUGCAUUCAUCCACAAACGCAACGAACGAGAGAGACAGAGAGUUCGAUGUGUCAAUGAGGGAUACGCCAGACUCCGUGAACAUUUGCCACAAGAAUUUGAGGAUAAACGGCUCAGCAAGGUAGAGACUCUGCGAGCGGCCAUAAGCUACAUUAAACACCUGCAGAGCCAUCUGGAGGUCAGUCAACCUAAAGGAAUUGACAACAUUGAUCUGGACAACUAAGUUUACUUGCCACUGGAUUUUCAUUGCUCUUUAGUAAAUUUACUUGUGACUGUGGCUCAACUUUGUGUUACCAAUGCCACUGUCACUGGUUUGAUUCUCAGGGAAUGUCACUGCAUAAAUGCAUUUUCUGGAAAG